AUGGUCAGCAAACUAGAGACCUCUGUCGAGAGACUUAGGGUCAGUAUUAGACCCAGCAGCAACACCAGUGUUAACAACUGCACCAGGACAAGCACCAGCAAAUACACUAGUAGCAUCAAACAGGCGCAGGUGUCUGCAGAGUACGUCCAGGAGCUGCUAACAAGGAAGAGGAAGGCCGGCAGUUGCGAGGGGCCGCCCAGAAAGAGGCAGAAGAUAUCUGAGCACCAGAGCUCCAGCAGCUGUUCAUUUCCACAAGUGAAGAAUCCAAACACUUACCCUAAAGUAAACACCAGCAAAGCUGAUUUUGGAGCAAAGUAUCUGCAGCUCAAGCAGAUCGGAAAAGCACCAAAUGGAUCCUUGUAUGCUGGCUGCCGAUUGAAGGAUACUUUUCCAGUGAUCAUCAAACACAUCAAUGCACCAGAUGCAAUCUCUGAAAUGGACGUGCAUAAGAUCACUACGGAAGUGUCACUCAUGUUCAAAGCUGCUGGUGGACCAGAAUCAAUCGGGAAGUUCACAGCUCUUUCCCUUUUGGACUGGUACUACGUGGACAAGGAGAUUAUCUUGGUCAUGGAAAGACCAGUUCCAUCUGUGAACUUCAAACAGUACCUUGAUGCCAAAGGAAGUGCUAUUAAGGAAGAAGAGGCAAAGAUCUACCUGAAGCAAUUAGUGGAUGCAACUGUCAGAAUGCACCAUGAAGAUGUGUUUCACCGGGACAUCCGACCAGAAAAUAUGCUGGUUGAUGGCCAACGUAUCCGCUUGAUGAACUUUGAAUGCGGUACAUUUGCAUGCGCCCCACCAGAAUGGUAUGUACGUGGGAGAUACAAAGCUGGCCCCACUACAGUCUGGCAGCUUGGAGUACUGCUAUACCAGUUGCUGCACGGUUUCAAAGAUAGCUCCUUUGGUAUCCUGGGUGGUAAAAUGCAACUCAAUAGCAACUCGCCAACACAGCUAUCCCAAGACUGCCUCGACUUCUUGCAGCUGUGUCUGGUGAAAUAUCCUGAACAGCGUGCCACCCUUCAGCAGCUACAGCUCCAUCCCUGGCUUACAAAGUCUACCUUACACCAGAACUACACCUUUACCUCACCCUUAUAA